AUGGUGGUCUGCGAAGUCGUGCGCUUGAGGAAUGCGAGCCCAUGCACCUUUGAAAUUCAGGCCGAGGACAUCUUCCACAGUUCGCCGACAAUCGGUGGGCUUCCCGUCAAAGAGGAGUACUUCGAGGUUCCCCCCGGCUUCGAUGCAGAAGCAGAUGGCCUGGUGGUGCCCUGGUUCCUGACCUCCAUUGACGGCUUGGUCAUUCGAGAGGCGGAAAGUGGUUGCAUCCUCCGCUGUUCGGCUGGGCCCAAGGUGGACAACUCAAACAACAGUGACUGGCUGCAGCUCCACUGCCUGGACUGGGACCCGGUGAACGAGGAGAGCUGGCUCGAGCUGGGGCAGCGCCACUUCAUCGGAGCCAUUGGGCACUCUGUCCAGCUGCAGCUCACAUUUCGGCAGCCCCGCCUGCUGUGUCCUGGCAUGCCUCCAGGAACCAGCCUGGGCCAUGGGGCCAAAGACGUGCCGACAGACCAGAGGCAGCAGACGCAGUCAGUGCAGGGGCCCAUGGAAGCCUCUACUCUCGCCACCUGGCUGUCUUUUGCAUCCGAGGUGGAGUCUGCACCUGCAUGUACCGUUUUCCUGAACGUGUAUGACUUGGCUCCUGUCACGUCUGUCGUGAACUCCUUCCUUUGCAACACCAUGGUGAAGACCUUCGGUGCAUUUCAUGCCACCAUUGAGAUCUAUGGACAGGAAUGGGGGUUUUACCGGCAAGCAGAUCCGGAGCAAUGCGGCGUGUGCAGGAGCCUUCAGCCUCGGCAGCAUCCCAUUCACGUCUACCGGCAGUCCGUGAACUUGGGGCAGACGCGGCUCACGGACCGGGAGGGGGUUUAG